AUGCCGAAGACAUUGCCAUGGAUAGGAUUCAUUGGAAGAAACUUGCUGCCCUAUGUGCUUCCUGCAAAAGGAACCAACGAUGAUGAUGAAUUAUAUUUGUAUUUAAGCCUUAGAUAUAACAUAAUAAUAUAUAAUGUUGCACUUCUGUCUUUUUCAUGUAAAAAGAGGAAAGUACCAGAAUUUAAAGCCAUGUUUAGUAAUUUGAUUCACUAUCCAUCGUACUUUGUGCAAUUAGAAGAAAAAAAUCCUGUUCCUCCAUUCAUUGAUCGAAGAUGGAGAGGAAAGGCACAGCAACGCUUUGAGACUUUUCAGCAACUUGUGGUAAUCCCAGCUUCCCUUCAGGUGCCCAGAAUUGAAUAUGAAGAUCCCGACAUUAAUGGAAGGAAUCGCUGGAAAUACUUUGAACGACCUUUCAUCCCAUUUGAUAAGCCAAUUCCACUGAAUGUUGUUUAUGCAAUGUCAAAGUCAGAGCUACAGUCUCAUCCAGCAAAAUCCAAAGACAAACCAGCCUAUCUCAUUUCACGAACCGUGGAAACACAAACAGAUUAUCGGGAUGGUGAAGCUCAGACAGACCCAUAUAGCCCUGAAUACAUAGUUCCUUCAGGUUCAAUACCUGAAUUGUUAACUCUUGCCACGCUGACUUGGGGUCAUGGCCUUCCAGCAACUCAAGCAGAAGUAGAAGUAAUUGAACGAGCCCGGGAGAAACGAGCCUGGGAGGCCACUCUUCCACCACUGAAUGAUGCUGCACACAUUGCAAAACGGAGGAAAAUGAUGGAGGAAAUGGAGAGAAAAGAGUGGGCCUUUCGGGAGGAAGAAAUAGAAGAACUGCAAGAAGUGAGACUAAACCUUCUAAAGGCCUUGCUGAUGAAACGAGAAGAGAAGCACAAUGAAUUAAAUGUCAGUUGCUUAGAUACACACUGGUUUAAACUUAUGCAAGAAAAAGAAAAGAAAGUGAAAAAGAUUCAACACGAACACAUAAAAGCAAUCAGAAGAUUAAUAGCCAAGGGAAAAAAUGUAGAGGGAAAACUAGAGAGAAGAAAUGUAAUUAAGGACUACACUGAAUAUGAAUCACAGCCUUAUGCUCCAUUAUCAAGAAUUGGCUACUUUCCAGAUAAUAAUGCAGAUCGUUAUGUAGUAAAGAAUUCCUUUCUCAACACCUAUGAAGGAUUACUUGAACUAGAAGCAUUUCUGCCUGAUUCCGUUACACAGCCCCGAACUGAAGCUCCCAAACCGAGAAGCUUAACCACAAAAGAUGGAUUCACUAAGCGGUCUGCUAGACUAGAGAUGGAAUUAGCACAGGUUUACCAGACACUGCAAGACAGAAAAGAUCAUGUUAAGAAGCCACGCAAGCCACUACGUUUUCUUCAGAGGUUAUCAAAGAUUUUGCCUCGCCCACCCACUCCAGAAUUGGAAAUACCAUCACUA